CCUAGGGGCUGUAACUCUGUAGACAAACAUUAACUUUGGGAUAGACACUGUUUAUUUAUGUUCUACUCCUUCCAUUUUUACUGCAUCUACCAUUUGAUCAACAUGAAAUCAUCUCUGACUCUGCUGUGUCUGGUGGUAUGGGUGAAUGUGGAUGCUUCAUCAGCUCAGACUGGUUGGAACCAACAUCCAGUACCUCCAACAGGAAGAGAGGCAAGAACCAUUCAUCCGCCAGCUCAGGGACAAGCUACACUAUUCACAGGGCUCCCGAGUGGCGCAGCAGUCUAAGAGUACUGUGGUAAGCCUGAGGGUGCAGGGAGGAGAAUGCCGCUGAUUCCUGAUCGAGAGCGUUAUGAAAAUGGGGACCAAGUAGAGUAUGGAUGUCUUGCAACUUGUAAGAACGGAGAGUGGGAUAAGACCAUCAAGGGCAAAGAUUACUGUAGUAAACCUGAGGGUGCAGACACCAGAAUGCUGCUGAUUCCUGACCGAGAGAGAUAUGAAAAUGGAGACAAAAUAGAUUAUGGAUGCCUUAGCGGCCCAAACACAGGCUCAAGAGGAAAAGCAACUUGCAAGAACGGAGAGUGGAGUAAUACAAUCGAGUGCCAAGUGACCUGUCCCCCAGCCCCUCCUAUUAAUAAUGGAGAUCACACUGUCAAAGAGAGAGAUGGUGAAGGCGUUAUUACAGAGGUUUCCUACCAAUGUAACUUGGAUUAUACACUGAGUUUCACAGGCAGCAUCAGAUGUCUGAAUGGAGAAUGGCAGACCCCACCAAAGUGCCUACGGCCUUGUGAGGUUCACACUUUUGAUGCAGAGUACCAUCUACAGGAUUUACCCCAAAUAAUGUACAUGGAACACGGUGAAAAAAAGACUCUUCGGUGCAAACAUGGAUAUUACCAUAAACAUGCACCUGAAAGCAAUACAGCAGAAAUUGAAGUGGAGUGUAAUGAUGGAGAGAUAAACUAUCCAUUUCCAAAAUGCAUUGCAAGCUGUCCUGAUCCUCCUCGUAUUACUAAUGGAGAUUUCACCAAGGAAAAGAGAGAUGUUGAAGGUGUUGUUACAGAGGUGUCCUAUCAAUGCAGUAGACAGUAUACACUGAGUUUCACAGGCAGCAUCAGAUGUCAGAAUGGAAAAUGGCCGAGACCUCCAAAGUGUUUACGGCCUUGUGAGAUUUCCACUUUUGAUGCAGAGUACAAUCUACAGAAUUUAGCCAAGAAAGAGAAUAUUGCGCACGGUGAAAAAAAGACUCUCCAUUGCAAAGAGGGAUAUUACCAUGAAUACAAACGUUUUGUACGGAAUAUAGAAAAAAUUGAGGUGAAGUGUGAUGAUGGAGCGAUACAGUAUGGAGAACACAUACCUAUAUGUAGCCGUCUUGUUAUUCAUAGGUUAGAUGAUGAACAUAAUGGAGUCAUGAUGUUCCCUCCAUCAAAUUCAAGAAUCUUUACAAAGCCGCCUUUAUAUGCAAGGAGACGACUCAUUUGCUUUUGUGGUGUCUUUGUCGCUUGUUUAAUUUAGGUUUAGAAAAAAUGUGAGCCAGCCAGUAAUGACGUGUAGUGUCUUUUUCAACAUUUGACAUUUUAUCAUCAUUGUAAAAAAAUAACAUUAUCUUUCAAAUCAUAUCAGUCUCAGCUUCACUAUAAUAACAUUACAGCUAUCUAAAGCUAGACUAAAAUGGUACAUMUGUUGUAUUAGUACAAAGUGAUGUGAUUGUGUGAAUAUCCUUCUAUCAAGUUUAUAAAUUGCCUGGCUGGGCUGAUGAGACAGUGGAUUGCACAGUCAGUUGGAACAGAGUAAAUAGGAUU